AUGAACUUCAUUUGCAUUGCCUGCCACUCGAUCCUGCUGCAGAAGACAGUGGACUUUUGGCAGGCGCGUGGAAUGCAACACAUGGAUCCAUCCAACGAGAAGGAUUGCAACGCGUUUCGACAGCUCGUGAUGGUCCAUACCAUGGGCAAGGUCGUCUGCGAGCUGCAGGACCUUCAGGAGGCGCUGCCGAAAAGCAAGCUGCCUUUAUUUGUCUGGGUUCCUUCCCGCUUUUCGGAGGUGGACUCAGACCUCCACGCCAACUACGUCUUCCGCCCUGACGAGGGGGCGCAGGAGAUAGCUUCGCCGUAG